UAACUACCAGCUUUAGUGACGCAUGCGUUUGACAAGCGGUUUUUUCUGCUGACAGAAUUUCUGGCUUUUUUGCAUUUUGCAUUUGCAACUGAGGAGUUUUUCGAAGAGCCCGAAGCGUAAAAAAUACACCGAGAGAAGGACACGGUAUUCGCGAAGAAAAUCAACUGAAAAUUCGGUGAAAAAAGCGCACGUUGAUCGUAGUUUUUUUUCUCGAAAUUCUGCUAAAAAAGAAAAGCCUGUGCGUGUGAGUGGUUGCCUCUCUCUCGCUCUUCCUUUAUUUUUUUUGUCAAUGCGUGUGUGUGUGUUGGUCGCAUAAAUUUACCGAUAUUUCGCCUGUGAGAGCGAAACGGGUGUAAAAACGACGAAAGAAGACAAAAAAAGAGGGCGGAAAAAACAGCGAAUUUCGUUGAAAUAUUGGGCAAAAAACGCAAACCAACAAAACAACAACAAAUAGCUAAGCAAAAAACAGGACGCACAAAAAUUCAAAUAGAAAGAAGAAGAGGGGCGUUAGGAGGAGAGAGCAAAAUAAGCAAUCACAACAACAAGAACAUAGGAGACAAAACAACAACACAAUGAGCAAACCACAUUUUGAUCUUCCGUUGACCAUUGACCCAGAGCAUGAAUUGCGUUUUGUGGGUCCCUUUAUCCGACCCGUUGUCACAAUCAUGACUCUGCGCAACAACUCGGCUCUGCCGCUGGUCUUUAAGAUCAAGACAACCGCCCCGAAGCGCUACUGCGUUCGUCCAAACAUUGGCAAGAUCCCGCCCUUGCGAACGACCCAGGUGGAGAUCUGCCUGCAGCCAUUCAUCUACGAUCAGCAGGAGAAGAAUAAGCACAAGUUCAUGGUGCAGAGCGUUUUGGCACCCAUGGAUGCUGAUCUGACCGAUUUGAAUAAAUUGUGGAAGGAACUUGAGCCGGAUCAGCUGAUGGACGCCAAGCUGAAGUGCGUGUUCGAGAUGCCCAACAACGAGGCGAAUGCGGAGAACACCAGCGGUGGCGGUACCAUCGGCCGUACCACCGGCGGUGCAAGCGGAAGUGCCGAAGGCGGAAGUGCGGGCGCCAACACUAGUUCAGCCAUUGCUGAGGCGCUUGAGAAAAAGUUCGAGAAGCUUUCCAGUGAGGAUAUGCCCUCGAAUUUGCCAGAUGCGUCAGAGAAGAUCGAGUUGGUCGGUGAGAUCAAGGCGCUGCGUGAAUCCAUCAGUGAACUGCGAAAAGAAAAUCUACACUUGAAGAAUCAAAUCACACGCUACCGCAGCUCGCCGGCCAUUAAGCAGGAGAAUGAGCCCUAUGCCCCAGUUCUGGCUGAGAAGCAGAUUCCGGUCUUUUACAUUGCAAUUGCCAUUGCUGCGGCCAUUCUAAGCCUCCUGCUGGGCAAAUUCUUUCUCUGAACGCCAUAAACGAUCGCCAGCAACAUGCAACGUGCAGCAACAGCAAAAGCAAAAGCAAGAACAGCGGCAACACCAUCUCACAGCAACAUCAGCAGCAACUAACAACAGCAACCACAACGAAUGAACAACAGCAGCAGAAGCAUUGGAUUCCAUCAUCGGCAAAAAGUAGGACACCUCCCAGAGAUGAAAAUAAAGCUGACAAAAAAAUAAGAAAGGAAAACAGCAGAGAAAAGGAUAAAAUCAAGAAAGACACAAAAAUUGUAUAUUCGCAAAAGAGGGGCAAUCUCUUAAGAAAUAUUUAAAACCACACUUUACUAAGAUCCCAUACGUAUAUUGCUCAGAUUUUCAAUUGCAUUUCUUUUUCGCUAAUAUUAAUACUUAAGUUUAGAGUUUGAAUAGCUUCACGACCUUUUUUUUAUUCGUUUUGAUGCAUUUUUUAGACGGAAAAGUUAAGUAUUUCAAAGAACAACCAAAAUUAUCAUUAAAUCGAAUUAAUUAUGCCUUUUCGGUAAACAUAACAAAAUACAAAUACAUAAUUGUUACGAGAGUGCGAGAAUAAACUUCAGUUUUAAAAAUAUUUUUUAUUGUUUCCUUUACUUUUUUUCAACCACCAAGACCUAGAUGUAAAAUUUAAAUCGAAGAAAUGAAAACCAAAUGUCAAGAAAAAAACCUUGAGCAAAAUACAAAACAAAGAAAAAUACAAAAAGAACAAAAAAAUAACUUGAAUGGAAACCAAUCAAUGAAAAGCUUCAAAGAAAAACAAACAUGCUCUGCAAGGCCGAUGCUCUCUAAAAGAAAAGUUGCUUCACCCCCCUCGUCUUAUCUCUCUCUCCCUCACUUUCUUUCUGUCCCUCUCUAAAUCCCGAAAUGAGAUCGAACUCGGGAACUAUAUAUGUAUAUUUAUAUAGAUAUAUAAAAGAAAAUCAUUAUUUUUUUGGUUGGCAUUUGCAUUUACUUAGUUUCAUUUUAGUCAUUUCAGUGGUUACACUACGACACCCACACAUGAAUAUAGGUAUAUAUAUAUAUAUAUAUAUAUUGUACGAAUAUAAUGAAUUUCUAUAAGCAAACCUUUAUGUAAUUUGUGUUGUUUGCCAAGGCCGAAUUGAUAAAAUUCCCUAGCCUAAUUAGCAGCGAAAUUGUGAAAAUCCAUUAUCUUAUAUCUGAUACGAUAUAUAUGUAUGUCUUAAUUGGGUGCAGCAAAAUCAAUCAAUUUUUUAAAAAACAUUGACUUAAAACAAACAAACACACACACACGUAUUGUUGACGGCUCACACUAGAUCCGUGGUUCCAUAGAUCCACACAACCCACUUAGUUCCUUCCGUACCGCCCCAUAUUAACUUGCUUUAUACUUGAAAAACCGGGUAACUCGUUUUUCACCACAAUUAUUUUCCCACACAUAUUUCAUUGCAAUUGUUUGUGGUUAUGACUUUUUAUAUAUAGUUUGCAAAGCAUUGAAAAAGGGUAUAUAGAUUUAUACAAGAAUAUAUAUUCGCCGACAUGCAUGAUCGCUGUAUUUUCAUAGGCAUGUGGAAACUCGUAUUUAAAUGUUUAACUAGAAAUACAGAAAACAAAAAACCUAAAAAUAAUUAAAAAGAGAAGCGUGGAAGUAAAAACAAAUAACAAAAAAAAAAAAACAAAAAACAAGCAAA